UGGAAGAGCGCUUCCCACUUUCCGUUGGCGCCGCGCCUGGGAGGUGAGGAGGCGCCAUAACUCCAAGGCCCUUGCCCGCGGAGGCGGCUGCCAGGCUGGGGUGUGCCGCGCAGCAGGUGUCUGUCUUCUCCUAUUCUUAAAUGAAGUCAAAAUGCCAGUGAGACCAGACCUCCAACAGUUAGAAAAGUGUAUUGAUGAUGCUUUGAGAAAAAAUGACUUCAAACCUUUGAUGACACUUUUACAAAUUGAUAUUUGUGAAGAUGUGAAGAUUAAAUGCAGCAAACAAUUCCUCCGCAAGUUGGAUGACUUAAUAUGCAGGGAACUUAAUAAAAAGGAUAUCCAAACUGUUUCAAACAUCUUGAUAUCUAUUGGAAGAUGUAGCAAGAAUAUCUUUAUAUUGGGACAAGCUGGACUUCAAACCAUGAUAAAACAAGGAUUAGUUCAAAAGAUGGCUUCCUGGUUUGAAAAUUCCAAGGAGAUUAUUUUAAGUCAACAACAAUCAAAAGAUGAAGCUGUUAUGAAUAUGAUAGAAGACUUAUUUGAUCUUUUGAUGGUUGUAUAUGACGUCAAUGAUGAAGGUAAAAAACAAGUAUUGGAACAUUUCAUACCUCACAUCUGUGCCCUGGUUAUUGAUUCAAGAGUGAAUUUUUGCAUUCAGCAGGAGGCUUUAAAAAAAAUGAAUUUGAUGCUUGACAGAAUACCUCAAGAUGCCAACAAAAUACUUUCUAAUCAAGAAAUAUUAACUCUCAUGAGUAAUAUGGGAGAAAGGAUUUUAGAUGUAGGAGAUUAUGAAUUACAGGUAGGAAUUGUGGAAGCUUUGUGUAGAAUGACUACAGAAAAACGAAGACAAGAACUAGCAUAUGAAUGGUUUUCAAUGGAAUUUGUUGCUAAUGCAUUUAAGGAAAUUAAAGACUGUGAAUUUGAAACAGAUUGCAGAAUAUUUCUCAACUUGGUAAAUGGCAUGCUUGGUGAUAAAAGAAGGGUCUUUACAUUUCCUUGCUUGUCAGCAUUUCUUGGUAAAUAUGAGCUGCAGAUACCAUCAGAUGAAAAACUUGAGGAAUUCUGGAUCGAUUUUAAUCUUGGGAGUCAUACUCUGUCAUUCUACAUUGCUGGAGACGAUGAAGAUCACCAAUGGGAAGCUGUCACUGUACCUGAAGAAAAAGUUCAGAUGUACAACAUUGAAGUGAGAGAAUCAAAGAAGCUACUGACUCUAACUUUGAAAAAUAUAGUAAAAAUUAGUAAAAAAGAAGGAAAAGAGUUACUUUUGUAUUUUGAUGCAUCACUAGAAAUCACCAGUGUGACUAAAAAACUUUUUGGUGGAAAUAAGUAUAAGGAAUUUACCAGAAAACAAGGUAUUUCAGUUGCCAAAACAUCUAUUCAUAUACUUUUUGAUGCAAGUGGAUCACAGAUUCUAGUACCAGAAAGUCAACCAUCUCCAGUCAAAGAAAACCUCAUUCAUCUAAAAGAGAAAUCUAACCUCCAAAAGAAACUUGUAAACCCUCUAGAACUAGAUGAUGGCAGCAGCCAGGAUGGCAGGAAACCCAGCCAGGAUGAGAUCACUACACCUAGCAAAAAGAAAAUGUCUGAAGCAUCAAUGAUUGUUCCUGAUACAGACAGAUACACUGUGCGAAGCCCAAUACUCUUAAUCAACACAUCAACACCCCGAAGACGUAGGGAACCACUGCAAACAAUAAAUUCUACCGAGAAAGCUGUUUCUAAAACAUCAGAAAGUGGAAUGGAUUAUACCGUGUCACUCAAAUCUAGACUAUCUGAUGGAAGAAAUGGAUGGAAUAAUAGAGCCAACCAUAGCAAAACUACUGCAGUAAUGCAAAACAAAGACUACGAGGACAAUGAAUCCCCAGACCAAAAUUUCAGUGAAAUUGAGGACAUUUUCUCUGAUGCACAUGCAGUGGAAAAAGUAGACAAGCCUGUAUUACCUGGUGUUUUAGACAUCUCAAAAAAUAAAGCACAUUCCAGAUGGGCAUGUUGGACACCUGUGACAACUAUCAAACUCUGCAGUAACCCAGGAACCCACGCUUUCCCAGGAGACGCUGUUAUCCAAGAUACUGGUGUCAACAAAAAAUGCACUAAACAAAAAUCAGUAUCAGAUGAUGAUUCUGAAGAAACACAAAGGGUAAAAAAUAGUAAAGAUGUAAUCAAGUGUAACAAGUCAGAUGAAGCAGAAUUUCAUGAAAGAAACAGUCAAGAACAAAAUCAUCCUAAAUAUUCACAAAAGAAAAAUACUGCAGAUGCAGAGAAUGAUUGGCAUAUUGAAUCUGAAACUACUUAUAAAUCAGUACUCCUAAAUAAGACAACUGAAGAAUCACUCAUCUAUAAGAAGACAUGUGUAUUGUCAAAAGAUGUGAAUACCACUAUCUGUGAUAAAAGCAUGACGAGUCAUACAAAAUCAAGAAAAGAGCUGACUUCACGUGAGCUAGAAGAAAUACCAGUGAGAGAAAAUUCAAAAGGGAAAAGAUUUACCAGUACAUCAGAAUCUUUGAUCAACCAAAUUAAUAGGAGGUAUAACCCAAGUGAUAGCAUGAUAUCAACAAGAAAACAGAAGAAGCCUCAGGAUGGCAGUGGGUUUUCAAAGAAACCUGACCUGCAGUUAAAUAAGGUUCAGAGAAAGAGUUACAGAAAACUGAAGACAACUGUUGUUAAUGUUACUUCUGAAUGUCCACUGAAUGAUGUGUAUAAUUUCAGCUUGAAUGGUGCUGUUGAGCCUGUUAUAAAACUUGGAAUCCAAGAAUUUCAAGCUUCGACUAGAGAAGCCAGUAUAGAUAAUUCAUUAAAAUUGGUAGAUGUAAGUAAUCAUGAUGAACUUGACCCUUCUCUCAAAACAAAAGAUAAAAGAGUGUUAAGUCAUGGGAAGAAAACUCUCUUCAGUGACACUGAAACAGAAUAUGGAUGUGAUGACAGAUCAUCCAUGGAAAAGGGACAACCACAAUCCACAAUGGUACUUAAUAAAAACAUUGCAAAAAAGGAUUAUGAAGUAGUUGUAGAUGGGAGAACCAGACUUCCACGAAAAGCAACAAAAACAAAAAAAAAUUACAAAGAUCUCUCAACUUCAGAAUCAGAAUCAGAGAGUGAAAAAGAGAUUUCAUAUUCUUUUAAAGAUAAACUGCCAACAAAGGAGGAGACUAUCCAUUCCAGAACCCAAACAAAGAAACUGCCCAAGAAACAACAGAAAGUCUUUAAUUCAGAAGUGCUGAAAGGACAGCUACCAGAAGAACAGAAAAACUCCCAUAAGCUGAGAGAUGGGAGAGAAGACAGUCUGUACCUGUCUUCUGCAUCUGUGUCUGGGAGCUCGUCAUCUGUGGAAGUGAUGAGAUGUACAGAGAAAAUAACAGAAAGGGAUUUUACUCAGGAUUAUGACUACAUCACAAAAUCUCUUUCACCUUAUCCAAAACCUGUGUCACCUGUGUCACCUUAUCCAAAAGCUGUGUCACCUGUGUCACCUUAUCCAAAAGCUGUGUCACCUGAAUUCUUGAAUGGAAACAACGGAGUUGUAGGUUGGGGGAAAUCACCCAGAAUUAGUGAGACCAGUGCAAUAUGUGUGAGAAAGAGUUGCUCACCUGCUUCAGGACUGCCCUUUUCGCCCAGACACACUCUGACCAAGAAUAAUUCUGUUGUGAAUACAAAAAAUGCAAAUUCAGUGAUAAAUAGUCAAAGAACCCAACAUUAUAACAGCUAUUCAGAUGUAAGCAGUAAUAGUUCAGAGAAACUUUAUAUGGAACCUGAAUCUCCAGAUAGCUGUGACAACUAUGUGCAAAGCAAGAAAGAGGAAAAUCAUGCAGCAUCUCCAUUAUCAUUGUCUAGUGAAAAAUUAGAGAAAAUGUGGUUUGACAUGCCCAGUGACAAUACUCAUGUAUCAGGUCCCAGUCAGCGUGGUAGCAAAAGGCGGAUGUACAUAGAAGAUGAGCUAAGUACUUCCAGUGAAGCAGAAGAGGCAGAAGAAAGGGAGCAUCUGCUUUCCAAAAAACGAUGUCAAAGGGGGAACUCUGAUCAGCACCCCUAUAAAACUUCAUUAUCGACAGCAGAUUUUUCUGUCCCUGAGGACUGGCAACAGGACUUACGAGGUGCUGAAAUGUUUACAUUGAAAUUGACUCAACAACAUCUGAUGGCAAUGAGCUAUCAAGCUCGGGGACACAGGGAUGAAAAUGUUGACAAAUUCCAAGUCACUCUCCUAGAUGAGCUGGAAAAGGUUGAAAAAGACUCACAGACUUUACGAGACUUGGAGAAAGAGCUUGUGGACAUUGAGGAAAAGUUAGUUCAGAAGAUGAAGGCAUACCACCGAAGUGAGCGAGAGAGGUUUCGUGUUUUGAAAACUUCACUGGAUAAAAGUUUUCUUGUCUAUAAUUCUGUUUAUGAAGAGACUGUUUUUACGUCUGAGAUGAGUUUGAUGAAAGCAAACAUGAAAAUGCUACAAGAAAAGCUCCUUAAGGAGAUGCAUGAAGAGGAACUUCUCAACAUACGCAGAGGACUAGAGUCAUUAUUCAAGGCUCAUGAAGGA